AUGGGACUUGGUGCAAAUUCAGUUUUAACAGGUGUGUCCGCUAUGAUCACAAUCACAAUAGGGUCAUCUACAAGAGAAAGUGGAUCAACAGCGGAAUCAACAUCAUUCCAAACAGAUUCUACUCCAUCUUCACCAUCGUCUACAACAAUCGGACAGACAACAGCAGAAUUCACUUCAUCUACAACAGAAACAUCUCCAUCCAGUGCAGAGCAAGCAACAAGCCAGCAGACACAAACCACUCAAUAUACUUCUGCCACUGAAACAGAAUCUACAACAACAGAUCCAUCAACAUUUACAACAGCUGUAUCCCCUUUGAGCACAACCACAACAGAAUCAUUAACAAGUGAAAGUGGUUCAACACUGGGAAAAACAUCAUUCCCAACAGAUUCUACUCCAUCUUCACCAUCGUCUACAACAGAAGGACAGACAACAUCAGAAUUCACUUCAUCUACAACAGAGAAAUCUUCAUCUAGUGUAGAACAAGCAACAAGCCAGCAGACACAAACCAUUCAGUUAAGUACUACCACAGAAAAAGAAUCUACAGAGACAAGUCAAUCAACAUUUACAACCACUGUAUCCCCUAUAAGCACGAACACAUUAGAAUCGUCAAAAACUGAAAGUGGUUCAACCGUGGAAACAACAUUAUCCACAUCAGAUACUUCUCCAUCUUCACCAUUGUCUACAACAGAAGGACAGACAACGUCAGAAUUUACUUCAUCUACAGCAAUAUCUUCAUCUAGUGUAGAACAAACAACAAGCCCGCUGACACAAACCACUCAAUAUACUUUGACCACUGGAACUGAUUCUACAACAUUAGCUCCAACAACAUUUACAACAACUUUGUCCCCUCUGAGCACAACCACUGCUGAACAAACAAGUCAGCAGACACAAACCACUAUUUCAAUUUCAAGCACAGAAAUACAUUCAACACAGUCAAUUCAUUCGACAUUUCUACCACUGGAAACCAUUGGAUCAAGUUCUCCAGGCUCACCUGCCUCACUCACUACAACUUCCCCCAUUUUUGUAAAUGACUCAGUUACUUGGUCUGAAAGCACACCCACAAGGAAUGCAAGUAUCUCUCUCGAAAUUAUGAUGCACUAUCUUACGCAGUAUGAAGAUGUGAACUCUCCAGAAUCAAAAAAACUAAUUUCCAUCUUAAAACGUGAGCUUUCAAUCCUUUGUAAAAGAGCAGAUGCACAAAAUUUCAAGGAUGUGCAAAUACAUAGGCUAAGGAACGGAAGUGUCAUUGCUGAAAGUAUUGCAGUGUACAACUAUCCCAACAACAACUCACAAAUAAUGUUUCUAAAUAACGAUUUGGGACCCACCCUGGAAAAAAUCUUUAAUGACUCAGAUUCAUUAAAAAAUCUCAGCAUAGCUCUCGAUAAUGCUUCCAUCCAAAAUGCAGAAAUUACCAUGGGGACAGUUGAAAUAUCUUUGUUGCGUGUAGAUAUUUCAGAUCUACAUCCAUUUGUGCAAUGCACCGUGAAUUUUGCAAACUUUACAGUAGAGAUUGAAGAUGGAGCAUGGGUAUGUGUGGGAUCAUGCAAAAAAGAUCCCAACUUCUGCAAUCAACAAGGUGAAUGCCAAAAUGAAAUAAAUGGACCACAGUGCAACUGUUACAGUUCUUACUUUGAGAAGUACUAUGGAGCUCAGUGUGAGCUUUACAGCAGAGGAGCCGGUUUCUACGCUGUUCUCUUCGGCUGUUUAGUAGCUUUCGCUCUACUUAUCAUCGUUUCAGCUGUGAUGAUUGUGGUGCUCUACAGAGCCAAGAGCAGAACAUCAAGCAAAAAAAGGCUAUCAUUAUUUGACGACGCCUUCUUUGAUUUUACAUCAAGAGGAUCCAUAGACAGAGGUUAUGGGCAUCAAAACUUUUCAGCCAGAGAAGAUUCAGAAUCUGGGUCUUUCAGGUCAUCCCAUGAAAAUACACCUAUACAAUAAAGACCACAGCAACUGAAGUGGUGGGUGACCGAUGAACAGAGAUGACAGAUAUUAUUUUAAAAUAUUUUUAAAAGACGUCAGACACUAUAAUCACAGGAAGCCAACAUAAUACACUCUAAAAAUU